AUUGCAGUUCACUUGAUCCUUAAACGACAGUUUUGAGCAUGGAUGCUGGAGAACAAAGACGUAGAUGGGAGUACUGGUGGAUUUCUCUGCUUUUCUAUUUGCUUAUAUGCCUCGGACAGCGGGUUUCAGCUCAGAUAAGAUACUCUAUUCCGGAGGAGGUAAAAGAGGGAACGAUUGUUGGAAAUAUUGCAAAGGAUUUAGGUCUUGAUGUCAGUACAUUGUUGGACAGACGGUUCCGUAUUGUCUCUGGAUCAAAUGACGCCCUUUUUCAGGUAAAUCAGAACAAUGGCAUAUUAUAUGUGGGGAAGCAUAUCGACAGAGAGGCGCUGUGCGACGAAAAUACUGCUUGCUUGAUAAGCCUGAAAACUGUUGUUGAAAAUCCUCUUGAAAUCCAUUAUGUAGAAGUAGAAAUUACCGAUGUGAACGACCAUGCACCCAGUUUUGCUAAUAAAGACGUCUUGUUAGAAAUUGCAGAAUCAACCACACCUGGGGAGGACUUUCAGAUGCAGGAAGCAUAUGAUCCAGAUUCGGGAGUAAAUUCGGUUCGUUUUUAUAAACUGAGCCAGACUGAGUAUUUUGAAAUAGAGCUUCGCGAAAAUGGAGGAGAGAAAAAAGUCCCCGUCUUAAAACUACGCAAAUCACUCGAUCGGGAGCGUCAGGUUAUUCACAGUCUGAUAGUGACUGCUGUGGACGGUGGAAAUCCACCACGAUCUGGAAGCACUGUUAUUAACGUCACAGUGCUGGAUGAUAAUGAUAACAGGCCGAAAUUCAGCCAGGAACUCUAUUCUGUCUCAUUGAAAGAAAACGCUCCUGUUGGUACUCUUGUGAUUAAACUGAAUGCCACUGAUUUAGAUGAAGGUCAGAAUGGCGAAAUUGUAUAUUCAUUCGUAAAGAAUAUUGAAAGAUAUAUUUAUGACACUUUUGAUUUGGAUAACACUGGGGAGAUUAAAGUGAAGGGGAGUUUAGAUUUUGAGAAAAAUAAUGUUUAUAGAAUCGCUGUUAUGGCGUCAGAUAAAGGCCAACCACCUAAGACAAGCAAUUGCAGAAUUAUCAUUAAAGUCAUUGACGAAAAUGAUAAUGCACCAGAGAUAGAGGUUACCUCUCUGUCUGAUGUAGUUCCCGAAGAUUCAAAGCCAGGGGCCGUCAUUUCACUCGUUAGCAUUACUGAUAAAGAUUCAGGAGUAAAUGGCAAAGUUGUGUGUAGAAUAUCUGACAACGUGCCUUUUGAACUGAAGCCUUCAUUUAAAGAGAACAUGUACUCUCUUGUGACGAAUGCAAAGUUAGAUAGAGAGCUCAUGUCUUAUUAUGAUGUCACUAUAACAGCCACAGAUCUCGGUCAGCCCCCUCUGUCAUCAAUCAAAACUCUGAAAGUGCAGAUAUCAGACGUGAACGAUAAUGUUCCAGAAUUUCUUCAUAAUCCAUUAGAGCUGUAUUUAAUGGAAAAUAAUGUUCCAGGAGCAUCUAUAUAUUCUGUUAGCGCCUUUGAUAAGGACUUGAACGAAAACGCUGCGAUAACCUAUCAAAUAAUUAGAGAAGAGGGAACAAGAAGUCAUAUGUCGUCCUUCCUUAAUGUAAAUGCAGACAAUGGACACAUCCAUGCGCUGAAAAGUUUUGAUUUUGAAACAGUAAAAACCUUCCAGUUCCACGUGCUCGCCACAGACUCUGGUAGUCCAUCUCUGAGCAGUAACGUGACAGUGAACGUGUUUAUUCUGGAUCAGAACGACAACGUUCCAGUGAUCUUAUAUCCAGUCAGCGCUAACAGUUCUGCUGAGGGUGUGGAAGAGAUUCCCCGUAAUGUGAACGCAGGUCAUUUGGUGACUAAAGUCAGAGCCUAUGAUGCAGAUAUAGGAUACAACGGCUGGUUAUUAUUCUCACUGCAGGAAGUUAGUGAGCACAGUCUCUUUGCUUUGGACCGCUAUACAGGACAGAUAAGGACCCUUCGCUCAUUCACAGAAACAGACGAGGCCCUGCAUAAACUGCUCAUACUGGUCAAAGACAAUGGGAACGUUUCACUCUCAGCAACAGCGACUGUGAUUGUCAAAGUUGUGGAGCCCAAAGAGGCUUUUGCAGCUCCUGAUUUUAAAAACGCAGUAAAAGACGAGGAGGAAAACAACGUCACAUUUUAUUUGAUCAUCACUUUGGGCUCGGUUUCAGUGCUUUUCGUCAUCAGCAUCAUCGUGUUGAUUGUAAUGCAGUGCUCCAAAUCUACAGACUAUUCGUCUAAGUAUUUACAGGACGCAAAUUAUGACGGGACUCUGUGUCACAGCAUCCAGUACAGAUCUGGAGACAAACGCUACAUGUUAGUUGGACCCAGAAUGAGUAUCGGCUCUACUAUAGCACCAGGCAGUAAUAGGAAUACUCUAGUCAUACCAGAUCGCAGGAGGAGGGAUUCUGGAGAGGCCUUGUAUUGGCAUUGGAAUUAA